CCAAAAAACGCCCAGAACUACACAGUAUGCAACACCCAAGAAUCUUUUAUAAGAAUAGCAAAUUGCCCAUAGAUUACCAUUGACAUGAUGAUUGCAGUGGGUUUCAAUUUGUGAUUAUUUCUAGUCAUUGCAGCCAGUCUUCACCUCAUUAGAGGAUUCAAGCCUCAGUUGUAAUUUAAAGAUAAUUAAGAAUCUGGUUGGAACAAAGCACAGGGGAAAUACACGAUGGAAACCCAUUGGUUGAUAUUGAACUACCAACUCCUUUGAUAUCACCUGAUGGACACUCAACGCAGCACUUCUGCAAGAUACACUGGCCCUAUACCACCUGCUGGACAAUAAACCCAUUGCAGCUCAUUAAAGAGGUCUUCAAAACCAUAUCUCUGCCAUGCAUUGUUUGUUUGAGUUCUAUUAAGAAUUAUUCUGAGGUUAAACUUGCAAGAAACAAUUACAAUUACGAAGACAAGUGGUCACUUCUAAAACUAUUGCAGAAAUGUAACUAGCUUUUGGAGGUUAUUUUCAGAUCCAGCCCCUGUGGUUGAAGAAGGAUAUUAGAAACCAGGUCAAUUAUAGACUAAGCAGACGACAGCAGAGAAUGAUACGGAACGCACAUUUAUGCUUCAAAUCUGAUCUCUGAGAUAAACCCUUGUAUUCUCCCAUAUUUCUAAUAAUGUCUGACACACUUUGAGAUGUUGAAUCUGAACAGACUGAUAGCAUUGACUUGCACAGCCAGCCUCUAUCUGGCAUGUUUUGAUAUUAUUUCAGAGGUUUUCCUUUCAAACAAAUGUGUUGAUUUAAACUGUCACAACAAAUGAAGCAGAUGGAGCGUGUGAGAGGUAGAGAUGCUGUAGAGUACUUGAUUUCACAUCCAUCUUCAUCAGCUGUCAGAUUUCUCUUGAGAGUAAUUACUUCCAAAGCAAAACAUGGACUGGAACUACUUUUAUUUUACAUUCACUGUUCUCCAAAUAUUUGUGAUACAGGUGUAAAUAUAAUAUACUAUAUCAUUUAAAGUAAACCCUGAUGUAGAUUAUAUUAUCCAGGUUAGCUUUAUGUCACUGUGCGUGCGUGAGCAUGCAUGUGUGUGUGAGUGUGUGUGUGUGUGUAUGUGUGUUUUGGGUCCAACGGAGAAGCAAUUUCAUCAUUCUGUGUUCAUGCGUGCAUGCGUGGGUAUUGGUAGUGUUCUCUGCGCUUGACAGAGUGCCCCUUUCAGAGGGGAGAUAUUUUACUCUUUGCCAUCAGUUGCAGAUAAGAAGCAGGGUGGCACAGCUUGUGCUGAGUUCUCAAGAAGAAAAAUAUUAUGAAAAAAGUGGUGGAUUCCAACAAACUAGCUAAUUAAAUGUAUUUUACAUCAGGAUAAUCAAAGAAAGCUGGCAGGAGCCUUCUUGUUUACAUACCAUACAUGCAUAAGUACAUACAUUCAUACAUACAUACAUACAUACAUACAUACAUACAUACAUACAUUUCAUACACUUUUACAUGAAGCAAAUGUCUACAAAUGUCCCACCAAAAAAGUCUUUCUCUUUCCUUGUUGCCAGUCUUGGGUUCUUGUGAGGAGUGAGGAGUGCUCAGUGAAUGAUGCCUGGCCCCUGCAUGGACUCGUGUUGGCCCAACAGCAGUGACCCCAGUCCAGGCUGGACCGGGCCGGGCUCUCCCCUGAACAGUACCUGGGACUUGGGGACCCACGCAGACUAUGAUGAUGAGUUCCUCCACUACCUGUGGAGGGAGCAUCUCUUCCCCAAGCUGUACGAGUGGGUCCUCAUCGUGGGCUACAUCAUCGUGUUCUUGGUGGCACUGGCUGGGAACAUCCUAGUGUGCCUCGCGGUGUGGAGGAACCAUCACAUGCGCACCGUCACCAACUACUUCAUCGUGAACCUGUCCUUGGCAGACGUCCUGGUCACUGCCAUCUGUCUCCCGGCCAGUCUGCUAGUGGACAUCACAGAGACCUGGUUCUUCGGACAGACGCUCUGUAAGGUCAUCCCCUACUUGCAAACGGUUUCGGUGUCGGUGUCUGUGCUUACGCUCAGCUUCAUCGCCCUGGAUCGCUGGUACGCAAUCUGCCACCCGCUGAAGUUCAAGAGCACAGCGAAGCGUGCCAGGAACAGCAUCGUCGCCAUCUGGAUCAUCUCCUCCCUCAUGAUGGUGCCGCAAGCCAUCGUCAUGGAGAAGCGCAGCAUGAUCCCCGAGCUGGCCAAUCGGACGAUGCUCUUCUCUGUCUGCGACGAGCACUGGGGCGCUGAGAUCUAUCCCAAGGUGUAUCAUGUGUGUUUCUUCGUGGUCACUUAUCUGGCCCCGCUGUGCUUGAUGUUCGUGGCUUACUUCCUGAUCUUCAGAAAGCUUUGGUGCAGACAGAUCCCAGGCACGGACGCAGCCCUGGCCAGGAAGUGGGUUCCUCCGUCACGUCACCCUGCCAGUGCCCAGCAGGGCACCCCAUCCUCCUCCUCGCACCGCUCUGUUGCCCUCAGCGCCGAGAUCAAGCAGCUGCGCGCCCGCCGCAAGACCGCCAAGAUGCUGCUCAUCGUCCUAUUGGUCUUCGCGCUCUGCUACCUGCCAAUCAGUGUUCUCAACAUUCUGAAGAGGGUGUUUAGGAGAUUUGAGAACUCAGAUGACCGGGAGGCUAUCUACGCCUGGUUCACCUUCUCCCACUGGCUGGUUUAUGCCAACAGUGCUGCCAACCCCAUCAUCUACAACUUCCUCAGUGGAAAGUUCCGGGAGGAGUUCAAAACCGCGUUCUCCUGCUGUUUCAAAGGAUUCGCAUCAUGCCGACGGAUCAACGUGCAUCACGUGACCUCCAACAGCAAGUCCGACAACGUUUCCAAAGUUCAUGAGCACGUGAUUCUCACUAGUGUCACCACGGUUCUCAGCUAGCACCUAGAACCCUAGAAUCCUGAAGAUUGAGCUGUCGGAACCGUUCACCGGUGAUUUCGAUUUUGCCUGAACAGGGAAAUGGUUUUAUGUUGAAGGCAUUAUAACAGGUUGGGUGAAUUUACAAGCAUACCGAAACCACUGAGAAGGAGCCACAGUUCUGGAAAGUUGGCCAAAGCCCUUCCAUGCAAACUGCUGUAUAACAUAAUAACUAAAUGUAUUUACUGCCAUGUCAGACCGAAACAUUCAGAUCGGCAGGGAGAAGACUCAUUCGAUGAAAUGAUUGCCUACUUUUCCUGGUGGGAGGCAAGCAUUCGCAAUAGGGUUUAACAUUGAACUCUAACCCACCAGAAACAGCACCUCACUGCCUGGGAUAAAUGUACAGUUAACUCAGGAUGAUGGACUUGAGAAUGGGUUACUUUUUUUUUUUUUUUUUAAGAAUCAUUAGCCCUUUUUCGUAGAGGACAAUCAUAUUUUUGGUAUAAUUUAUAGGUAUAUUCUGUCAUGGUAUACACUGUAGAUGUUGUUUGUGAAGCAAUCUGUGCAAGUCCUUUGUAAGUUUGAGCGUGCAACUGGCUGCUGCUCCAGGCUCUGUACAGUGCAACGUGGCACAAGAUAAUCAAACAAGCAACAAGUGCAUGACCUUGUCUCUGCUCCCACCUAAUCUGCUGUACUGAGCCCUGUGUUAAGUGAUAGUGGCGUGUGUUGUUGGCAUGGCAUUUGAAUGGAAUGAGGAAGGGUGCACAGUCCCAGCACAUUGGAUUCUCCAGGGAAGCUCAAAGCAGCUCAAAGACAGAUUGAGGGAAUAAUGAUAACAACUCAGUAUGAGAACCCAAAACCACUCAGAGCGGCUGCAAACAGCAAAGAAUAGUAGGGGAUAUAUAUUAGAAAAAGCAUUAACAACGAUAUUUUUCAGAUUGUGGAUCCUAUUCACAAAAUAUGACAAUAAUAAUAAUAAUAAUAAUAAUAAUAAUAAUAAUAAUAAUAAUAAUAAUAAUAAUAAUAAUAAUAAUAAUAAUAAGAUAUUUUUUGGUGGAUUAAAUACAUUUAGUUAUUAAUGAAUCUGUUCCGUUUUUGUUACUUAAUAAAAAAAAUGUUUAUCAUUCUCUAUAACUAACUAAAGCUUUGUAAAUAUGGGCUCAGUGCUAGAACCAAUCUAUAGUUUUGUCUUUCGAGGGCUUCUAUCAUCCUGUUUUCAAAAAGCCAUUCAGCGUGCCAGGAUGUGAAGAAGAUGAUGAGUGGACUUUAGAAGAACGAUGAAUGCAAUCGUGUUUAACUCCUUCUUAUUGCCAGCAUUAUACAGGCUUGGUGCAAAUCUCUUGUAUGUGGUAAAGCGACCGGUCUAAAAAUGGGAUGAGUGUUAGUAAAGUAAGAAUAAACUAAAUGCAUGUGCUCAUGCAUCAUGGGAUAGCUAUGCAUUGAGAGCUCUCAGUCCGGAUAGCUAUGCAUUGAGAGCUCUCAGUCCAGAUAGCUAUGCAUUGAGAGCUCUCAGUCCGGAUAGCUAUGCAUUGAGAGCUCUCAGUCCGGAUAGCUAUGCAUUGAGAGCUCUCAGUCCGGAUAGCUAUGCAUUGAGAGCUCUCAGUCUGGAUAGCUAUGCAUUGAGAGCUCUCAGUCCGGAUAGCUAUGCAUUGAGAGCUCUCAGUCCAGAUAGCUAUGCAUUGAGAGCUCUCAGUCCGGAUAGCUAUGCAUUGAGAGCACUCAGUCCAGAUAGCUAUGCAUUGAGAGCUCUCAGUCUGGAUAGCUAUGCAUUGAGAGCUCUCAAUUCUUUAAGUUUUUGUCCAGUCAGUUUAACUCCUUGAUUCUCAGUAUGGUAUGUAUGUAUUGGUUUGUUUAUUUAGUAUAUUAUAUUGUGUAUUUGUUGAUUUGAUUGUCAUAUAUGAUAUGGUGUGUGUGUGUGUUUAUGCAUUACAAAUCACUCCCUGAGCCCACCUUGCCAGCUUUGUGUCAUCACGAUGACAGGUGCAAUUUGAUAGUUAUUUUACUGUUUACUGGGAAUUUUGUGUUUCCAGUAACUUGUUAUCAGUAUUUAAAUAAAUCAAAUAAAUAAAUAAAACACUAUGAGGGAAACAAAAUCCUUAAUAGAUUAGAUUCUAUCAAAUAAAAAAUAAAAAUAAUAAUAAUAAGUGCCGGGGGCCUUGGAACACCCCUGUAAAAGUUUAGCACAGUAAUUGUGCCGUUUUGGUGCUUGUAUUGUGUAUUCGCUGUGCUUUCACACUGUUCUCCAUCGUUCUGUUUAAAUCCACAGUGUGUAUCACACCUCCAGUGCAGGUGCAUUGCAUUCUAGAGUCAUACCACGGCCCUUAUUUAUUUGGGUAUGUAUUUAACACCAUUGAGGAUCUUGGCAAACAGGUUUGGAUGAAAAACAAGUGUCUCCUAUUCACAAAGCUUUAUCUCAUGAGUUGCUUAAAGAAUGUUUUUUAAAAGUCUGUUUCGUGGAAUUAAAUAAAGUCUGAUAGUCUAGGAACUACCCUGGUGACCAGCUCAUAAAGGUGUAUAAAAUCCCAGACAAGCCAAUGCAAUAGCAGUUGUUGUAACAAUAGGAACAAAAUCAACUGUUGAUUUUUAGAGCUACAUUACAGGUAAUUGUUGUUGGUCCUGUUUUAACCAGCUCCUCAACCUGCACCAAGUCCCCUGAACCAGUACGACCAGCUGAAAACCAGUAAACCACCAGCUCUGACCAGUAUACAGCUGAGCCGGAAUUUCCAUUAGGGAAAUAUCUAUUUAAUGCAUCAGAACAGCCUUUUGAAAACCCGCAAGUUUUGUGACUAGGACCCAGUUGGUCACGUGAUAAAAAAAAAAAAAACACGCUGGUUUUACAAAGACAUUGCUCAAAUACACUGUGUGAUCUUUGUGGAUUCGGGUCAGAUGAGCAGCAUCUUACCAUCCUUCUACUCUAGAGACUCCAGCAUUGUCUUUGAUCUUUCACAUGCAAUACAUUGUAAAUAAAAUCUAUUGUUUUUUUUUUUUUUUUAAAUCAACUUACAGCUCAAAGACAAAUAAAUAAAUGAUACGGCUAAUGAUAUUAACGCUAUUUCACUGCUUAGUAUGGAAACAAUAACGAGAAAUGCAGAUCAAUAACAUUAAGAAUAAAACAUGAACAGAUGCUUGAAGUGU